ACGGGCUUCCGGGUAAACCAGGAAGUGCGACGGCGUUGCCAUGGCGACCGUGGGNNAGGCCGUGGCUCUGGGGCUGGUGGCCGCGCUCUGGGGUGGCACCAGCCCGUUCCUCCGGUCGGCAGCGGCGGGCACCGAGCGGCUGCGGGGCCGGGGCCGCCUGCGGCAGCUCCUGACCGAGCUGCGCUUCCUCAGCCUCAGCCCCAAGCUUCAAUAUCCACAAUCCCUCCUCCUCCUUGGGCUGUUUAUUCCCACUGCUCUGCUCCUCCUGUGCAGAACUGAGACCUUUUCCUGUCAUUCCCCCCAUCCUUUGGCUGGGAUGAGCUCACUGGGAUCCCAUUUGGGGAGCUCAGAGCAGCUUUGUGUUCUCCUGCAGUACCUGCUGCCCUUCCUGCUCAACCAGGCUGGAUCCCUCCUCUUCUACCUCACCUUGGCCUCCACAGGAGCCGUGGCAGGAAUGCUGCUCACCAUCCUGGGAGUCUCCCUGUGCCUGGCUGGGUCCUGAGGGAGCAGCAGAACCUGACCCAAGGCACCUCCCCUCAUGGCUCACCUGGGAUGUCCUUCUGGGAUGGCAAAAUCCAUGGAUUCCAGGGUGCAAGGACAGCCAAUUCCGUGCCUUAAGGGAUUUUUGGUGGCUGUUUCAUGGUUAAAUUGUCCAUUCAGCACUUGGAGGGAUAAUAGAUGGUGAAUAAAUCAUCCAGUGUGACCUCCUGGCA